UGGUUAAUACAAAGGGAAAACAAUGAGAAAUGGCCCAUGGGUUUAAUAUUAAAAAUUUUGACGCUACAACUUCCGAUUCUCUUCACCCAUGGCUCAGACGCCGGUAUUGAACCCCACUACCCGCUUUCCACAGCCACCGGAACUGGUUUAACGAACCCGUCACUCCAGUUCCAACUCAUCAUCACAGACAUAGAUGAUGAAGUUCAACUUGAAGUUCUUUCUCUGCAAUGCCAAUGCCAUCAUCAUUCCCAACUCGCAACUUCAAGCGCUUCAAACCCACCGAUCUGUGCCUCGUCAAACCCAUCCUCUCUCCCCAAACCAAUCUCUCCGAAGCCGUUUCUUCUCUUGACCUUUUGCACCCCAGAGGCAUUCGCUUACCCUCCAACGUUCUCGUCACUCUCUUGCGCCGUUGCUCCGACACCAAGUCUUACCGAGAGGGUAAGCUUGUUCACCUUCACUUGAAGCUUACGGGUUUCAAACGCCCCACCACUCUUAUUGGUAAUCAUUUGAUUCAUAUGUACUUCUGUUGCGGGGAUUAUGUUCAUGCACGUAAGGUGUUUGAUAAAAUGGAGGUUAGAAAUUUGUAUUCUUGGAAUAAUAUGCUUUCUGGGUAUGUUAAAUUGGGGAUGAUGAAACAAGCUAGGAGUGUGUUUUAUCAAAUGCCGGACAAGGAUUAUGUAUCGUGGAACACUAUGGUGGUUGGUUAUGCACACUGUGGGAGAUUUAGUGAGGCUUUGAGGUUUUAUGGAGAGUUGAGGAGAUUGGGUAUUGGUUAUAACGAGUUUACGUUUGCCAGUGUAUUGAUUGUUUGCGUGAAAUUGAAAGAAUUUGAUCUUUGUAGGCAGAUUCAUGGGCAGGUUUUAGUUGUUGGGUUUUUAUUCAAUGUGGUUGUUUCCAGCUCAAUUGUAGAUGCUUAUGCAAAAUGUGGUGAAAUGGAAGAUGCAAGGAGAUUGUUUGAUGAUAUGUCCGUGAGGGAUAUUCCUGCUUGGACGACGUUAGUCUCAGGGUAUGCUUUAUGCGGGGACAUGGAAUCAGCUGCUGAAAUAUUCAGUCUGAUGCCCAAGAAAAAUUCAUAUUCGUGGACUUCUUUGAUUGGCGGUUAUGCUAGAAAUGGUAUGGGUCAUAAAGCUCUUGGAGUGUUUAGAAAUAUGAUCAAGCAUCAAAUUAGGCCUGAUGAAUUUACUUUCAGUAAUUGCCUGUUUGCCUGUGCUACUAUUGCUUCACCGAAGUAUGGUAAACAAAUACAUGCAUUUUUGGUGCGUAGUAACGUCACACCUAAUCCUGUUGUUGUAAGUGCUAUUGUUGACAUGUAUGCAAAAUGUGGAAGCAUGGAGACCGCCUGGCGAGUCUUUAAUUUUAGCGGAAAUUUGCAAGAUGUAGUAUUGUGGAACACCAUGAUAUCAGCACUAACUUACUAUGGCUAUGGUAAAGAAGCAGUUACGAUUUUCAAUGAUAUGCUGAAAUCAGGUGUGAAGCCAAAUAGGACCACCUUUGUUGCCAUUCUAAAUGCUUGUAGUCACUCUGGCCUUGUUCACGAAGGGCUUCAGUUUUUCAAGUCCAUGAAUAUCGAGCAUGGUGUUGUCCCUGACCUAGAACACUAUGCACAUCUAAUUGAUCUUUUUGGUCGAUCUGGAUGUUUUAACGAGUCGAUGAAGGAUCUAUUCAUGAUGGAUUGUAAACCAGGGGACCCUGUUUGGUAUUCUUUGCUUGGUGUAUGUAGAUUGAAUGGAAGUCUACGACUCGGCAGAGAAGUAACUGAAUUCCUUAUUAAAUGGCAGCCUCAAUCUUCAGUCGCUUAUGUAGUACUUUCUAGUAUAUAUGCUGCACUUCUGAAAUGGGGAUUGGUUGAAGAAGUAAGACAUAUUAUGGAUGAGAGACGGACGAGGAAAGAUCUGUCCAUUAGUUGGGUUGAAAUUGAAAAUGAGGUCCAUGCUUUCCCUGGAUCAGAUGGAUUGCACCCUUUGAAGAAAACAUUAUACUCGGCUUUAGGGCACUUAAAUAACCAGAUAGAAGACAAUGCCCUACACCUAACUGAAAGAUAGAAAAAUUCUUUUUCCAGAUUGGGUAUUUUUUGUAGAGAGCAUAGUUUUGCUACUUUUACCUUCUUUUUAGUCAUUCCAGAUACUGCGGAGUUGAGUUUCCAUGAUGAUAUAUUUAUAAGAUGAUACCUCUAGUAAGAAAGAAACCGAGGACGAAUGAGAAGGGAGAUUGGUGGGAAGAACUGACGGAAAGAGAUGAUUUUCAUGAAAGAUUUCUUGCUUCCUUUUUUAUACCCAAAUUGAUUUGUUUGUAUUUUCGCCGACAGAAACAUAGAAUAAAUUUUUCUUGUAACUACGAUCUCCUGUCCUAUUUUUCUGAAUAACACCUCUUUCCUU